AAGCAUUGCCGUGUGCCGUCGUGAUUGCCGUUCAGUUGCUGUCAAAUAGGUGUUAGGGGUUAGAACUACAUACAUAGAAUCAAGUGCGUAGUGUCAUUCAAGGUUAUUUAUAAUUUCAUCGCAAUCCUCUCGAUUAGAAAGUUCAUCAAAACAUGCAACACAACCCGAAGACAACUUGACAGUCAAAAUGUUGAGAUCAGUGCGCAUUUUAUACUUGAGAAAUCCCGCGGCUGUCAAUUUCCACACAAACUGCGCGAAAUGCAAGGAGAACACCAAAAACGAGUUCACUGUCAAAUUGGCGACCGGGCCGACGCUCCACGACUUUGUUUCAGAUACUACGAGCAAUUAUGAAGGAAAGCUGAAGCUGGCAAAAGGGGAAAAAAAUCGCCUUCGACUGCCGCCAUGGUUGAAAACCGAAAUACCUAUGGGAGCUAAUUAUAGCAAGCUAAAAUCUCAACUUCGUCAAUUAAACCUGAGCACUGUAUGCGAAGAGGCACGUUGUCCUAAUAUCGGAGAAUGCUGGGGCGGUGGCGAACACGGAACUGCAACAGCCACCAUCAUGCUCAUGGGAGACACGUGUACUCGCGGAUGUCGGUUUUGUUCGGUUAAAACGGCACGCAAUCCGCAACCACCUAAUCCUGACGAACCAGUCAACACAGCAGUAGCAAUCGCAGAAUGGGGUCUGGACUACAUCGUCUUAACAUCAGUCGACCGUGAUGAUUUACCAGAUGGAGGAGCAAAUCACAUAGCAGCUACUGUGAUAGAAAUUAAAAAAAGGCGACGAAACAUGUUGGUUGAAUGUUUAGUACCAGACUUCAGAGGUAAUCAGGAAUGCGUAGCAAAAAUAGUUGAAUCGAAACUUGAUGUAUUUGCCCACAAUAUUGAGACUGUGGAACGUCUAACACCUUUCGUUCGCGACAGGCGUGCACACUAUAGACAGUCGCUGAGCGUUUUAGAAGGUGCGAAGAACAAGAAUACAAAUUUGAUUACCAAGUCAUCGAUAAUGUUAGGAUUGGGUGAAACUGAACAAGAAAUUGAACAAGCCAUGCGAGAUUUGCGGACAGCUGGAGUGGAUGCUUUAACUUUGGGACAAUACAUGCAGCCAACGAAACGACACUUAAAAGUCAUCGAAUAUGUGACUCCAGAGCAAUUUAAGGCAUGGGAGAGUGUAGGAAAUCAUUUGGGUUUUCUGUACACAGCAAGUGGCCCAUUAGUAAGGUCUUCUUAUAAAGCUGGUGAAUUUUUCUUAACAAACAUAUUGAAGUCACGUCAAGCUGAAUCUGUCACACAAGAUUCUGCUACCUAACUAUUACGUAUAUCCUGAAUUUUAUGGCUGGUCCAAUGAUCACAUAGUAAUGUAUAUAGAACGACGUUAUUUUUACAAAUUGAAUGUCAUUAAUGACCAUUGUAAAUUAAAUUUGUUGCAA